UGUCCAAUUCAACUACGUCAUACUAACUAGAUCAACGCCGUCGCAGUGUAACUAUAACGUUAUAUGAUCAAUUUAGUGGCAUUUAAUUUUGUAGUUCCGUCUGAUUUUAUGCAUUUGUACUGAUCUGACUGCAGUUUGAUUUCUUAAAUGGCGUGUCCUGUAAAUCACACAGUGGAGUUGAACCCAGCCCUCCUCCCUCUAGACUGGCUUCUUGGUACCUGGGAGUCUGAUGAACCUGGGGAGGGCUGUUUUCCCACCAUAAAACCUUUCCGCUACACAGAGAAACUGAACUUCAGCCAUGUGGGACAACCAGUCAUCAACUUCACGUUCAAUGCCUUCCAUGCUGAGUCCAAGAAGCCUCUGCACAGAGAAUGUGGCUUUAUUCGAAUGCAGCCGGGAUCCAACAGAGUGGCGUUCAUCAUCGCACAGAACUCAGGUCUAGUGGAGAUUGAGGAGGGAGAGCUGACAGCGCAGCAGCUGAACCUGCAGAGCCAGGCUCUGGCCAGAACAUCUUUUGCCAGGGAGCCGCAUGUACAGAAGAUUUCGAGAGUGUUUCAGCUCCGACCAGAUGGGAGGUUGGAGCAGACGGUUUCCAUGGCAACAGACAACCAGGCACUGAUGCAGCACUUGCACAUCAUCUACAGUCGUUCAUCUUGACCCAACAGGCUGGCAGGCUUCUUUUACAUAGAUAUACUUUAGUCAGGAGAGAUGCUGCUAAAAAAGGCCUGAUCAAUAAUCAGUUGAGUCAGAUAAUCAUGUAAACAAAUCUACAGCUACACGAUGGUAUAAUCCUAUAAUGUGAGAGUACCUGUUAAAUGAAUAUAAUUUAAUCAACUCAAACUUAACCAUUAAGUAAAUCUUACAAUACAUGACGUACAGUAAUAACUGGGCUUUUACAGUGGGAGAGACGUACCAAGAGUUUAAAGGUACAGUCGAAUUAAAAAAUUUAAUAUUCCCCUAUGGAGGUUUCGUGUAAACAAACAAAAGUGAUGUUUACAUUCAGUGUUUAGUCACUAAAUACAUUGUGUGUGUAAGGUCUAACAGUGUAUUUCCUUCCUCGUCCCCCUCAAAGUAUUUUAAAUCCUGUAUUGUUUACAUGCAUGUGUAUUGGCUCGCAGUCUCUUUCUCUCCUGCCUUUGCUGGCACAUUGCAGAAAAUCUCACAUGCUGAUUAAAAAAACGAGACCUACUUAGAAAAACAGCUCCGUGGCGCUACUGGAGAUCUAAAACUCCAAAGGCAACCUCUUAAUCUAACAAAAUAAAGAUUUCAUAUAGCAUUUCCAUUAGGUUGGAGUAUGGGUGCUUGCUAUAGUUUAUCUUAAUAUUUAUUGUCCAAAUAUAAGAUUUUGGUGCAUAAAAGCUUAGAAAGUGCUGAUGACUUAAUGCCAAGUACAGUGUCCUGUUAACUUUAUCUUUCAUUGCACUAUUAUAAGAUUGAAAGCUAAAGUAAUGUCUGUCGUGGAGUCAAUGCACUGUGUUUGGAGUGUUUUUUGAGUAUACAUUUCGGAGUCACAGAGAGUUGUUCUUACACUGGGUGUUGUUUGUGGUUGUGGUGUAAGCCAAUAAGCACGACCCUUUGAGAUACAAAGAGUUUGUCAUGUCCUUUCAGGUAUACAGGUUGUUAUACGGACUACAUUAAAAUAAAUUGAAGCUAUUUCACCUA